UAUAUUAGAAAGGGUAUAAUUUUCGUUCUGCUCUAAAAAGUUAAAGCUAAUGAAAUAUUUCCUCUUCCCAAAAGGGCACUAACUAGAGGUACUAAUUUCAAAGAACUUAUCUGAUUGCAAGGAUCUGAAAGUGACUUAAGAGGUCUACUCUCAAAAUAUACAACAUUUGAGGGACUGUAUCGAAAUAACUUUCUCCUCUCCCACGAACUGCAACUCCGAAUUCAGGCGGCAGGAGUUGCAAACCCUAACCGCCAAAACCUUUGCAGUCCCCUCUCUGGCCGCGAGCAGGAUUCUCUCUCUCCAGCAAGAAUCGAGCCCUUCUCCUCUUGCUCUUUCUCAAUUCGUUCUCUUUACCAACAAAAAUAGCUUCUCUAAUGGAGGAGGAGAAGCAAAAUCGGCUGCUGGUGCUGUUUGCUUCGCAGACUGGCAACGCCAUGGACGCGGCAGAGCGAGUUGGGAGAGAGGCCGAGCGCGGGGGUUGCCCUUCGGUUGAUGUUCUCUCCGUCGACGCCUUCGAUCCUUGUUGUUUGCCAGAUGAGCAGACAGUCAUCUUCAUUGUUUCAACUACAGGCCAGGGAGAUGCACCGGAUUCUAUGAAGGCAUUUUGGAGGUUCCUUUUGCAAAGGAAUUUGGGCCAUCAAUGGCUGGAAGGGCUUCGGUAUGCAGUUUUUGGGUUAGGAGAUUCUAGCUACCAGAAAUAUAAUUUUACUGCAAAGAAGCUGGACAAAAGGCUAUCAGAUCUUGGGGCAAAACCCAUCGUUGAAAGAGGUCUGGGAGAUGAUCAACACCCAUCAGGAUAUGAAGGUGCUUUUGACUCUUGGUUGGCGUCUUUAUGGAAAGUGCUGAAUCAAAUGAACGCUGCAAUGUUACCAAGAAUCUCAGAUAUCCAGGAUGCUCGCAUAAUAACUCUUGAUCUGCCAAAGUUUCACAUCACUUAUCAUCAUGUUGAGAAGCCAAAACAGUGUUUCCCAGCAAACGCAGAUUUGGACAAUCUUGCGAAGAUGAUUGAGGGAGCUCGCUUAAUGUCUGCUGCACAGCCUCGAUCUGAUGAUAAUAGGCCACAAUACUUCUUAAAAAUGAUUAGAAAACUGUCUUUGACCAAAGCUGGAGACAGAGAUGUCAACCACUUUGAAUUUGAAGCCGUAUCAUCUGAUGUUCGAUAUCAAGCAGGUGAUAUUCUUGAGAUUCUCCCAAGUCAAGAUCCCAUUGCUGUUGAUGCAUUUAUACGUCGUUGUAACCUAGAUCCAGAUUGUUACAUCAAAGUUCAACCAAGGGAUAAGAAGAAGCAAAUGGUUGAUUAUCAUGCAAAUGACUUCAUGAACUCUAUCAAAUUAAGAACCUUUGUGGAACUGACAAUGGAUGUAGCAUCAGCAUCACCUCGACGGUAUUUCUUUGAGGUAAUGAGCUUUUAUGCAACAGCUGAACAUGAAAAGGAAAGGCUACAGUAUUUUGCUUCUCCUGAAGGCAGAGAUGAUUUAUAUCAGUAUAAUCAGAAGGAGCGAAGAACCGUUCUAGAGGUUCUCUCUGACUUUCCAUCUGUUCAACUGCCAUUUGAAUGGUUAGUGCAACUGGUUCCUCCUCUUAAAACACGGGCAUUUUCAAUCUCCUCUUCUCCUUUAGCUCACCCAAACCAAGUGCACUUGACUGUGAGCAAAGUAACAUGGAAAACUCCUUAUGGGAGGCCGCGACAUGGUCUUUGCUCAACAUGGUUAGCUGGACUUGAUCCUCAUGAUAGCCAAGGGGUUUAUAUUCCUGCAUGGAUCCAGAAGGGCUCGCUUCCUCCUCCACCGCCGGAACUACCUCUUAUUCUAAUUGGACCGGGAACAGGUUGUGCACCAUUCCGUGCAUUUAUAGAGGAAAGAGAAAUCCAAAAUAUGAAUAUGCCAACAGCUCCUAUUCUCUUCUUUUUCGGUUGUAGGAAUGAGAAAACUGAUUUUUUAUACAAGGACUUGUGGUUAUCUCAAGCCCAAGAGGGAGGAGUAUUGUCCACGCAGAAAGGUGGAGGUUUCUUUGUUGCAUUCUCAAGAGAUCAGCCACAAAAGGUUUAUGUUCAGCAUAAGAUGAAGGAACAGAGCAAAAGAAUUUGGAAUCUACUGAGUGAGGGAGCUGCAAUAUACAUAGCAGGAUCCUCAAACAAUAUGCCAGCAGAUGUGACCUCGAUGCUUGAAGAGAUUGUUUCGGAAGAAAGCGGGGUUUCGAAGGAAUCAGCUGCUAGAUGGCUAAGAUCGCGGGAAAGGGCUGGUAGAUUUCACAUUGAGGCAUGGUCAUGAGAUUGGCCGGUAAAUAAGUUCAAAAUUUGCACCUCUUUGUUUCUGAAAUCAAGAUUGUGAUUAGAAUCUGAUACCUGCUGCUGCAAGAAGACGCUGAAGAACUUCUGUAUGUACCAUUGUUGCUGAAAGAAGAAGUAAUUUUUUAUUUAUGUUUAUGUUUAUUGUAUACAAUACAAGAUGGUCCCCCUUUUUCAUAACUUGAGUAGGUUGCUGAUAGAGACAUACUUAUUGUACACAAUACAAUUUUCUGUUUAUGUUUAUUGUACUAAUACAAGAAUAAGAGAGUCAAAAAAAAAAAUUCAUAA